CACCACCAUGAAAGAAAUGUAGGUGCUUGCUUGUGCUCAGCAGUGCUCAGUGGUUCUCAGUAACUCACAGGAAAUGAUAUGGAGUCUCGCCCUGCAUAAAAUUUAAGUAAAGAACAAUGAUUAAUAUGUAACACCUUAAAAUAGCAGAGUCCAUUCAUUUUAUUACGAAUUUACUUUCUUUCUGAAGCGUUGACGUGCAUGUGUUAUGGUCAAAUGAAAAUCGAACAGAGACUUGCUUAAGAUAUUUCAAUCUUAAUUGGGACACAAGUUGACAAGGGUGAUUACACUGAUUUGAGCAGUGAAUGGUUGUGGUGGUUAGGAGCUUUCCAUAUUCGCGAGAGAAUCACAAAGCAUGUUGCUGAAGCAAGGAGCCGAAGCCAAAAUAUACAAAUCAGAAUACUUGGGAUGCCCUUGUAUUGUUAAAGAACGAUUUGUGAAGAAAUACAGACAUCCUGAGCUUGAUUCACAUUUGACAAAAGAAAGAAUAAAAGCAGAAUGUAGAGCAAUUGUGCGUUGUAAAGCUGCAGGUAUCCGUACACCAACAUUGUACGGAGUUGAUCUUGCAAAGAGAUGUAUUUAUAUGGAGUACAUUGAAAAUGCAAAAACUCUAAAAGAGUGCAUUAGCAAUGCUGUAAACAACACUGAACAUGCAGAUGGCAAUAAAGAUUUCAUUGGACCAAUUUUGGAAAGAAUUGGAGUUUUCAUUGGGAGAAUGCAUUCUAGCAACAUCAUACACGGGGAUUUGACAACAUCAAACAUAUUACUUGUUGGUGAUUUAGGAAGUGAGGACUUGCAAAUAAUAUUCAUAGACUUUGGACUUAGUUCUGCUGAUGAGAGUGCAGAAGAUAAAGGAGUGGAUUUGUAUGUACUAGAAAGGGCAAUUAUCAGUGCACAUACACUAAAAGAAAAUGUGUUUAAUGUAAUUUUGAAAGCAUAUGCAAAAGAAUAUAAGAAAGGUUCUUCAGAAGUGCUACGAAAGCUAGACGAGGUUCGAUCUCGAGGACGAAAACGUUUAAUGGUUGGGUAGUAAAUAAUUUAUACUCGAGUUAAAAGUUUGUUUCUUAAAGUAUGAAUGUAGGUUUGGUUGUACAGUAAUGUUGAAUGGAGGUUAUAAUUUUCACUAAAUUAUCACAUGUAUCUGUGUAAAAUAAAUGAAAGCAAAAUUUACAAUUUUUUUCAUUAUUUAAUUCUUAUUUUAAAUUGUGAACUUAAUUCUAGGUAUGAUGGUGGUGAUAUAAUAUGAAAUUGCUCAGAGAAAUAUCCAUACCACCAAAAAAUGUCGAUUUAUUUUUUUUCCUACAUAUAUGUAUGAAUGUAAUUGAAAACGACACUCAAUUACAAUUGCCUCUUUCUUUACUAUGGCAUUGGAUUUCAAGCGAUCUGAAACUACACUCCAAAAUGUCAUUACAUGCUAUCAUGUCUAGACAUAGUAACAUUUUGAACUUCUGUUACUCAAGCAUACCUUUUUUUUUUCAUGAGUCAAAAUACCUCUUUUCAGAAGUAAAAAGGUCAGAAAUCAAAAAAUUGUUAAUUACCAUCAUUUCUUCAAAGACCUUUAUUUGCAUUAUAUUCUCAACUUUCUAGAAGAUUCCAUAUCUUUUAUUUUCUUGAUUUUAAUUAUUUUUCAAUUUCCCUUAGACUGGAUUCCAGUUCUUUAUAAACUAACAAUAAAAACUAAUGGUAUUCCUGUAAUAAUUUCAGUACAAUCAGGAAUCUUGUUAUGCAAGACUCACCUGCUAGAACUGAACUGAGAGUCUUCACUUCUGAGACCAUUCACAAAUUUAUUAACUCUGCUAAUGGAUACCAUGAGGUACUCGAGUUCACCACUCUCACAGAGUUUGUGUUCUAAAGAGCUGUCCAGCACUCGUGGAGCGAAUUCUUGAUCUUUCAUGGAACCAAUAUUGUGAGAAUAGUCUACUAUUUUUGCUAAUGCAUAAUCUUGAUAUCUGUAGAAAAUGGCUAAAAAUUACUGAAAUAUGAAGAAUAUUUUUUUCUUUUAUCAACGUUUUCAAAAACAAAUGCACGGUAAAUGUAAUUAUUGAAAUAAUCAU